CGGCGCCGUUGGGCGGGAGGGGUUGAGAGUCCCCGAGUCUCUUGGUCUCCUUUCACACAGAGGUGGAGUCAUGGGACCAGAGAGAUAGGGGAUGGUCUUGCUGAGACUGCUUAUUAAUAAAUAGCUGUACAUAUCCAUCUGGUUUCACAAAACGUAGAAAAGACAGCUUGUGCCUUGAAGGGCUUGCAGUCUGCUACAGACAAGACAAAGACUCUGUUGCUAUUUAUCUCUUCUGUUACACUAGGAUGAGUGUUUCAAAUGUCACUUGUGAUGUGCUGUUAUUUGUAGAAUUUAUGCUUAUACUCAAUUAUUAGUCUCUACUUCCUCUGUCACUUCUGUUUGUGUUUUUGUUUAAGCAUCUGCAAUUAUAACUUUUUAUGGAAAGAUUUAAAAACCAAUCUGGUGCUCUGCUGGUUACAUUAGUGAAAGCAGAUUAAUUUUCACUAAUCUUUCCAGCGCAUUUCCUCUUUUGCAUUGAUUUCAGUCCACUCAGGCAGGUAUGUGAAGGUAGCAGAAAGAACUGUAGUUGGUGGCUGGGUUUGCUUCUAUGCAGACUUCUUUAUCCAGUUGCUUGCACAUUAAAUUCAGGUAACUUACAUUUUGUGCUUUGUGUACUUAACAUUUUUUGAAAGGCAGAGAUCAAUGUCAGUAGACUUUUUUAAAGUCUCUAACCCUGGAAACCAUUACACUUGUCUCUCUUCUCAUCUAAUUUUAUCUCUGCCUUGAAAAGCGUUUGGAAGGAUUUUCCAUUCAGAAGUGUCAGAUGGCCGACUGCUAUAUUUUCACACAUUUGGAGGGUUUGUGUAACUUCUCCAAUUUGAUACUAACUUUCACAAUUUAGAUUGUUCAUAAUGAAAUCAGUGUUUUGGGAGUUUGUCCUUUGAGAAGAUGGAAAUGGAUGAGUAAAAGAUGCAGGUGCCUGUUUAAUGGCUACUUUUUGAGUAGUCUUGAUAGUUGCAAGUUCAGACUUCAAAAUAGGUACAAACAAAUUGUAUGUCAAAGAAUAAUUGUGAAGCAGACUGCUGUAACAUUGGUAGUUAUUUUAGUGAGAUCUGACAAACAUUUUUAUUAUAAAACAGGAUGGUGGAAACUGACCCCUCUAGAAGGUUUUUCUUCUUACAGAUUGUAGUCUAUUUUUGGGUUACAAGCUGAUUUUAACAAAUGAAUACAUUUGGAAUAUGCUUUAAUCCAGUAUUUCUCAACCUAUUCACCAUUGUGGGCCACAUGUGUAGCUCUUUGUGUUAUGUGGGUCACAUCCAUACAAUAUAUAUACUACCUGUAUGGAACUGAGAGUGUCAUGUGGGCCACACCUCUGUGCCGAAUGGGCUGCAAGUGGGCUGUGGGGUGAGAACCACCGCUUUAGUCCACUCUUCAUAGAAUAUCUUUCCUCUAACAUAUCAGGUUUAAUUCUCUGAUGUUGUUUUGAAAGGGAAAUCUUUCUUCAGUUUUGUUGCUAUGGUGGUGGGGAAUACCACUAUAAAGCUUGGUUUAAUUUCCAGGGCGUUUUAAUUCCUAAGAUGAAAUUUUAUUAACAGUAAAAUACUUUAAGUGUAAUUUGAGGGGGACAGUUUCUUUGUCUUAAUUUCUUUGGCAUACUUUCCUUCACUGUAAGAAAACACAGCAUAAAUCUUUCUUCCAAAAUGGAGAUUUUGUUUUGUGUGUGGUACCAAAAAUACCAAUCACAAGAUAAUUUUUUUUUUUAACAAAACUAAUGGCAAUUUGCAUCUAUAGUGUUUUGUUGGCUGUAUUUCUAAGUGUAGUAGUUCUUUUGAUUUCAGUAUUGAGGUGCAUUUUAAUAGAUCAAACUAAACUGUAAAGGAAUAUCUUUUUCUCCUGUAUUAAGCUUUCACUGGUGGUGGUGAUAUAUUUCUGGUCUGCCUGUUGGCUCCCCUGCCCCAUUUCUUUUGUUUCUAUCAAGAGAUUGUGCCACAGGAAGAUUGACAAAUAAUCAGGAACAGCUGGAUACUUACUCUCUUAAGCCCCAACCUUGCAGAGACUUUUAAACUUUUAACAGUAUAUAAAGUUAAGCAACCCAUGUGCUUAAGUUGUUGUAAGAUCAGGGACUUAGAUGGCAUCUUGUUUGCACUGUGCUUAACAUAAUGAGACUGGCCAAAACCCAUGAUUGGGGGCCCCCCUUAUAGUUACUGCAAUACAAAUUGUUAAUAAUAGAACUGUUUUCUUUGUGUACAGAAUUGAACAACGUUGUGAUAUGUGCAUGCCUUGGACAUGUUCCUUUCAGGCAGGUGGUAACAGAUGCUUAUGCCUCUGUCUGGUCAUUUGUGUGUUGUAUGUUGUCUGUAUGACAACAAAACGCUAUUUGGAUACUGAACCAGGUGCCAGUCGAAAGGUUGCAAAAUGUGCAAGAGAAUCUACAGGAAGAAACAAAACAAUAGAGGGGUGGGGAGUGGCAGCCUGCUUAUGAAUGAAGUCAAAGGAUGGAAUUUGUAUAUAUUGGGAGACAAGCUGACAGCGUGCCUGCCUCGUGAAAGGAGAAUCACAGCCUAGCCUGUCUGUGAAAUGCUGCAGGACCUUUGGGCAAGGAUGUCGAGACAGGUGUAAAGCCGUUUUUAAGACUUCAGUAAAGGGUAACAGAUAACAUUAUCCCUUUGAAGCACACAGGGAGCAGCAUUUAUCAACUACUCAGGGAUUCUUUUUCCUGCAACUUAGCUCUUAGCCUCCUGAAUGUGGUAACAAAAAUGAUAUAUGAACUUAGAAGCAGCACAGGAUUCAGAUACUUUUUGAUUUCACAUGAAGAAGGAACCUCAGAAGGUAUUUAAGGUUAAAGGUUUCAGAUCAGAUGUGGAAAGAUGUUGGCUGUGGACACAGGAGUUGUGGAGGAGUGGUUAUCAGAGUUCAAGACCCUUCCAGAAGCUUCUAUCUCUAACUAUGCUACAAAUUUGAAAGACAAGCGUUCUCUGGUUUCAUCUUUAUACAAAGUUAUCCGGGAGCCACAGAGUGAGCUGCUAGAGCCAGUUUGCCACCAGCUUUUUGAGUUCUAUCGCAGUGGAGAGGAACGACUACUACGAUUCACCCUACAGUUUCUGCCAGAAUUGAUGUGGUGUUACCUGGCAGUCUCAGCCAGCAGAGAUCUGCAGAGCAGUGGCUGUAUAGAGGCUCUUCUCCUAGGAGUUUACAACUUGGAAAUAGUUGACAAACAGGGGCAUAGUAAAGUGCUGAGUUUCACAAUUCCGUCCUUGUCCAAACCUUCAGUGUAUCAUGAACCUUCCAGCAUUGGUUCCAUGGCUCUUACGGAGGGAGCUUUAUCCCAGCAUGGUUUGUCCAGAGUUGUGUACAGUGGACCUCAUCCUCAAAGAGAGAUGUUAACAGCACAGAACAGGUUUGAAGUGCUGACAUUCCUCCUGCUGUGUUAUAAUGCUGCCUUAAGCUACAUGCCUGCAGUUUCUCUUCAAUCAUUGUGUCAAAUUUGCUCAAGAAUCUGUGUCUGUGGAUAUCCUCGGCAACAAGUAAGAAAAUACAAAGGAGUAAAUAGCAGGAUUCCAGUUUCUUCUGAAUUCAUGGUGCAAAUGCUAACUGGGAUUUACUAUGCUUUUUAUAAUGGAGAAUGGGAUCUAGCUCGUAAAGCAAUGGAUGACAUUUUAUAUAGAGCUCAGCUGGAGUUGUAUCCAGAACCGCUGCUGGUUGCUAAUGCAAUAAAGGCCUCACUGCCUCAAGGUGCCAUGAAAUCUAGUAAAGAAGGUACAAGAUGCAUUCAGGUUGAAAUUACCCCCACUUCAUCUAGAAUAUCAAGAAAUGCUGUGACUAGUAUGUCCAUCAGGGGGCAUAGAUGGAAGAGACAUGAUAAUACUGAUCUAGCAAUUCCAGAAGAACUGAUAGAAGUAUCUGAGGUUGAUGAAGGGUUUUACUCUAGAGCUACUUCUAGCACAAGCCAAUCAGCAUUAUCAAACAGCAACAACACCAGCAACAAGAUCCUUUUAGGGAAGAGCCAACGAAGGUCUGGAGGAAGCAAAGUUGGGGGGAAAGAAAGAGAAGCUUCUGGGGAAUCCUGCAAAGAAGACUUUUCUCGAAAACAAACUCAGAGGGCCAUGAGUGAGAAUUUAGAUCUUCUGUCUUUAAAGAGACUGACAUUAACUACUAGCCAAUCCCUGCCUAAGCCUGGCAGUCAUAGUUUGGCUAGAACUACCACUACUGCUUUUAGUAAAUCCUUUGAGCAGGUCAGCGGUAUCACAGUUCCAAAUAACCGUAGUAGUGGAAAUGGUGCUGAAGCAAACAGGUUUUCAGCAUGUAGUCUUCAAGAGGAAAAAUUGAUAUCUGGAGCAGAAAGAAUAGAUCUUCCCAUUUCAAACAAACAAUCAAAUCAGCAGCGACCUCCUAGCAUCAGCAUAACACUGUCAACGGAUUGAUGUCUGAUAAACUGCCUAGUAUGAAAAAGGAAUCUGAGAUUCUGUUGAUAGUGUUAUACACUGUGCUCCCCAUCUUCCCUUUUUAAAAUCUAACCCUCCAAAUUCUUGAUAUCAUUAGAGCUUGGCUUGCAUUUGACAGUGUGUCUAGAUUACAAUUUUUAACUAUUUUGCAUUGUUUCAACUGUUAUUAAUAGCCUAGAGGGUUUUUUUUUCCUUAGGUGAUUUGAUUUUACACUUACACUUCCUAUUAUUUACAUCCCCCUAUUGUCAACAAAUAUUGGCAGGCUCUGUUUAUCCAUGCUGGCAGAAUGUGUCUGUGUGUUUGUAAAAUAUAGACUGCAGAGCAAAGGGAUCCUCUUUCUCAGGAUGUAGCUUUUAGAAAACUUCAGUCACUGAUUCAAAGUAGUUACUUAUUAGAAGGGGUUUGUGACUCAAGAAUGAAAUUUUGGGUGACAUUGCAAUAGGUCCAUACAAUAAAAUCACAGCAUUGCAGACCAUGCCAGAGAAAACGUGUUAAUGUGAGAGAUGUACUUUGUUAUAGGCCUACAGCUAGAAGUACCAAUUCAGUGUUCCAUGUUAAAUGGAAACUUUCAUAACAAUGGGAAAUUUUGGCAUGUACCUGACUUAAUUCACAAACUCCAAUAUGUUUGCCCACCACGUGAGUUGCAUAUUCCUGUAAGUAUAUGGCUAUAUGCAAACUGAGUUUUGUGUACAAUAGGUCUCUCUAAACACUUGGUUGAAAACUUGGCUCCAAAAGUCAUACAAUGGCAGAUCAAACUUCUGCUGAUAACAGGAGUUUUCUGUGAUGAAAAUUCCAUAAUACUCAGAAAAGUGACUAAAAAUAGCACUGGUUGGAUUCUGUGUUUGAUUCUGAGUUACCAAAUAUGCUCAGUUCAAAAGAAAAAAAAAAUUCCCACCAGUCCUGUUAACUUAAAGUGGAGUCUAGAAGGGAAGUCUUUUUUUUUAUUCUUUCUGGCUCACGCUUUCACUGGCAACAAAUAUUCUUAAAUUGGAACUCUGUGAUCAAUUCUGAUGAGUGAGCUAGAAAAGCUUCUUGCUGUUUCCCCUAGCUGCAUUGACUGUAAUACCAGUCUGUUUAGUCACAUUUUUUUACCCAUAACCACAUUUGAAGAUCUAGGAUAGUCAGGCUGCUGGGAAAAAGAGACAGUAAAUAGAUUUUUCUUUCAAUUUCUUCUGUGGUGCAGAGGGAUGCAGAAUUACAAAGGAGCAAGUCCUCCUCCCAAGCUGUCCUCCUGCCCACUCCGAGCCACUGUGUUCUGUCAGAACAUGCAGUGACUUUGGUUCCUUAUCUAAGUCAUCAGAAGUAGGCACAAAGCUACUAAUUAGAAAGUCAUUACAGCAUUUUUCAUAACUUUGGAAAAUGUGUUCAUAAUUACAGUAUCAGUAUGUUCAUGCUGAUUUUGACACCUGUUGUAUUGAAUCAAGCACAUCGUUUUAAUGGAAUAAUGUGUUUAAAGAUAAGGCUUGUUCUUGAAUGAGACUAGGAGACUGUUACAAAAGGACAUGUACAAAUUAAGAAUCUUGCAAGCACAAAGAGAAAUUGUAGUGUAACUGAUUUAUAACUAAUUUCAUUUAUGUUGUAACUUAAUGUUGUAACUUUCAUUUAUGUUGUAACAUGUAAGUCAUGUCAUUACUUUGCUAGUUUGAAACGACAAAAUAUCAACGUUCUUUAUGGUUACUAUAGCAGUUUUUAAAAAAAAUCUUAUUAGCCGAGAUUAUAGCUUUAACAAUGCUUAUUGAUUGCAAGCUACACACAAAUUGGGAGAAGAGAAGCUGGCAAUAACCACUCCUUGAGAAGUGAGGGAGUGCUUUACAUAGUAUAACUGUGUGGUCUUUUCGCAGGGGAAGUGGAGAAAGUAAAAUAGAGGUCUAAUGUAUACCCAUUCAUGAGUAUUUUGAUCUCUGUGGCGAGGUUCCUUUUUAUAGGCCAAAAAUGUCAAAGGACCUCAUGACACAGAGCAAGGACUAACGCUUUUUUAGAUUUUCCCUAGUUGAGUUUUGCCCUGAUAUCCAUUCUUGAUUUGACUGAAAACUAAAGCACAAAUAAAUGUAAACAAGCUCUCAUUGUACAUUGUCUGCAGCCUCUUAAUCACCUUUCAGAAUGGGGUGACAGUGCUGUGCUAAAUUUUGUUAAUUUCCAGGCAUUGCAUAUUGAUAGCAUCCAAACCACAGGCAGUGGAAGAAUAUUGGGGAACUGGUAAAAGGUAUUACUAGGUAAUGUCUACAUAAUAGACAUUAUGCAUUUAACAUAACUUGAAAUUCCUCCUGGGAGGCCAAGAAGGGAUGUCCACUAGAGUUUCGCACAAUAUCCUUUCCUAGCUCUCACUGAGCAGAACACACAGCCUUCCUCUGAUUUCCUAGCUGUAGGGGAAUACAAUUUUAAAAUUCUUUUACUUGAACUAUACCUUUAAGUUGACUUAUAACUUAUCGAUUUAAACUGUAAUUCCAGCAAACUUUUUAUCAUGACAGUAUUAAGCAUCAAUUAACUUUAAGAACAAAUUAGUAUUUUAAGUCAUUUCUUUUCUAGAGAAAUUGUGAUUUAUUUAUUUUUUUUAAUUGUCUCCAUAGUAGUUAAACCCCUUUUUGAUUCAAUAUUGGUAGAAAAGAUUUUUCUGUACUGGAAGAUCCAGCCAUUUAAGUUUGCAGCUACAGAGUAACAGAAUGAACUGUCUUUUUUAGAGGUGUAUUUAAAAUGCCAGGGAUACAAAUGAGUAACUUUAAUGUUUACAAAGCUGCCACUUGACUGUUCUCCAAACUACAGAUCAGAUGGUAUUUUUUAAAAGGGUAAACUGGUUUUAUCUUGCACAUUUUAAUCAUUCUAACUUUGCCUGUUGGUUUUAUUUCUUCCUGGGCUUAAAUAAAUGUUAAAACAAAAUGAUAAAACCCACAUUCCUCUUAUACAAUAGAAUUUAUAUGAGGUUUUAUGGUUUUCAAGUAAAUGUGAUUUUAAACGGCAGAUUUCUUAAUACUAAAGGGCUACUGCUUCUACUUACACAUGCAGCUUUAUGUACAUAAGUCUUUAUAAGCCUAUCUAUAUGGUUGGUUCAUUGAGUUCAUUUUUUGUAACUGCCACAACCUAGGUCUUGUCAAUACUGAACUUUUACUCUAACAACCUUUUUAUAACCGUAAGUAUUUAAACUUAUAACUAUUAUUUAAACAAUUGCAGGAAAGUUUUAGGAGUAAGUAUGUUUAGCUUCAUGUCUGAGACUGUCCAAAUACCCAUCAAGACUUCUGCUUGGAGACAGUGUUAUAUAGUGAAUCUCGAGAGUUUUUAAAUUUUAUAUUAAUCACGUUUGCAUUGAGAAUGGUUUUUUCUUUUUUUAAAGUAAAUGUUAUUGUAGUCUUAAGAAAUUACAUCUUACAUUGUACAAUGGUAGUUAAUUUUGAAUGAAUACAUUUCAGGGGUUACCACCAUUUAAUACACCCCUACCCCGAUAUAACGCUAUCUUACCGUGUUGUAGGUGAAACUGCAUUAUAUUGAACUUGCUUUGAUCUGCUGGAGUGCGCAGCCCCGCCCCAACGGAGCACUGCUUUACCACAUUAUAUUCAAAUUCAUGUUAUAUCAGGUCACAUGAUAUCGGGGUAGAGGUGUAUAAUAACCUGCAGAAGAAAAAAAAUCUCCUUUUAAAAACAAAAAACUCAAGUGGUACUAAAGGAAAAAAGUAGCUAAUGCUUACACUUAGGUUUGAACUCCAUUUCACUAUAUCAAAGGGAAAUGUUUUCAGUGCUGCAUUAACACAGCAAAAUCUAACAUCAAAAUAUUUGAUUACCUAAAAUUAACAGUGAACAACUACUUCCUGUUGUCUAGAAGUAGGACACUUUUGUGCAAAGAUUGUAUGCAUUUUAACCACUUUGUGCAGCUAUGUUCUGUAGUGAUAUUUUUUGAGAAAUUGUUGACAUUUAUGAAAGUUUAUUGGAGUUCAUAUUGCUAGAAAAAGUAAUUCUUUUUUAAAAAACACCUUUCUAGAGAUAACCAGGCUCCUUUUGAUUAGCAUAAGGAUUUUACAAAUUUAGUAAUUAUGUCAAAUAUUUCUUUAGUCAACGUUUAAUUUUAAAAUGCUGUAUAUAGAUGUGUAACAUACUGGAUUUUGUAUCUGUGUAACUCCAUUUCUGAAAGACUGCAACAAUGGACUAGAUGUAUAUUUUUAGUAACACAGGUCUAUGGAAUAACUGCAUCCGUUCGUAGGUGUUCUCCGUCUUAACUUGAAAGCCUAAGUUUAAAUGAAAGUGCCACACUUUCUCAUAUUUUUAAUGUUUUGCAUAGUUUGUGUGAUUAUUUUUCUGUCUUCUAUUUUGGUAAUGCAGUGUUUCACUUUUUAUGUAGUAAAAUAUGUUUUAAAUUGUACUCUAGAAUUAAUAUUCCUAAAGUAUAAAUCUUGAAUUUGCAUUGUUUUGUGUUUAAUAUAUUUGGCUGUUGGAAUAAACAAACUGGAAUUUUGUUUUUCAA